CGGUGAUGAGUGACGCAACAGACGCUGCAUAAAUUUCAGCUCCGCGGAGCCGUGAGCGUUCAGAGGCGGCUGGCAUUGUUAGGUGUCGGUGUCGGGGUGACUGGACGUGAUUGACUUCGGUGUCCUUGCGUUCAUUAGCAGGUCAAAAUGCAGAUCUUCGUGAAAACCCUGACCGGCAAGACCAUCACCCUGGAGGUGGAGCCCAGUGAUACCAUCGAAAACGUGAAGGCCAAGAUCCAGGAUAAAGAGGGCAUCCCCCCUGACCAGCAGAGGCUCAUCUUUGCAGGCAAGCAGCUGGAAGAUGGCCGCACUCUUUCUGAUUACAACAUCCAGAAAGAGUCAACCCUGCACCUGGUCCUGCGCCUGAGAGGUGGUAUGCAGAUCUUCGUGAAGACCCUGACCGGCAAGACCAUCACCCUGGAGGUGGAGCCCAGUGAUACCAUCGAAAACGUGAAGGCCAAGAUCCAGGAUAAAGAGGGCAUCCCCCCUGACCAGCAGAGGCUCAUCUUUGCAGGCAAGCAGCUGGAAGAUGGCCGCACUCUUUCUGAUUACAACAUCCAGAAAGAGUCAACCCUGCAUCUGGUCCUGCGCCUGAGGGGUGGUAUGCAGAUCUUCGUGAAGACCCUGACCGGCAAGACCAUCACCCUGGAGGUGGAGCCCAGUGACACCAUCGAAAACGUGAAGGCCAAGAUCCAGGAUAAAGAGGGCAUCCCCCCUGACCAGCAGAGGCUCAUCUUUGCAGGCAAGCAGCUGGAAGAUGGCCGCACUCUUUCUGAUUACAACAUCCAGAAAGAGUCAACCCUGCAUCUGGUCCUGCGCCUGAGGGGUGGUAUGCAGAUCUUCGUGAAGACCCUGACCGGCAAGACCAUCACCCUGGAGGUGGAGCCCAGUGACACCAUCGAAAACGUGAAGGCCAAGAUCCAGGAUAAAGAGGGCAUCCCCCCUGACCAGCAGAGGCUCAUCUUUGCAGGCAAGCAGCUGGAAGAUGGCCGCACUCUUUCUGAUUACAACAUCCAGAAGGAGUCAACCCUGCACCUGGUCCUGCGCCUGAGGGGUGGUAUGCAGAUCUUCGUGAAGACCCUGACCGGCAAGACCAUCACCCUGGAGGUGGAGCCCAGUGACACCAUCGAAAACGUGAAGGCCAAGAUCCAGGAUAAAGAGGGCAUCCCCCCUGACCAGCAGAGGCUCAUCUUUGCAGGCAAGCAGCUGGAAGAUGGCCGCACUCUUUCUGAUUACAACAUCCAGAAAGAGUCAACUCUCCACCUGGUUCUCCGUCUGAGGGGUGGCUGUUAAUUCUUCAAUCUUGAAUUCUUAGUGCCCAGUGAUGGCAUUGCUCUGCACUCUAGCCAUUUGCCCCAAUUUAAGUUUAGAAAUUACCAGUUUCAGUAAGAGCUGAAUCACUGGUUUUCUCAAUAGCUGUUCAAAAUGUUAAUAAAAGUUUUGUUGCAUGGUAGCAUAA